CACUCUGCACUACCCGAAGAACCACACACGAAAUCCCCUUUAAAAAAAAAAAACACACACACACACACGCAGAAAAAGAGUACGAACAGAGCAGCUGCAGCGGGGAAAGUUCCAUGCGCGAUCACGCUUGAACAGAGCCAUUGUCGAUUCAAAAUUCAAAAGCUUUACAACUUUCUCCAGGUGUUUGCUGUUUUUUUAUUGACAAAAAUCAAUGGGUAUCAGAUCCACCAUUCUAGCUUUAUGUCACGUACAAAUUAACGUUCGAACUCCAACACUAUGCUUCAGGGGCUGAUCUCUUCCUCUUCGCAUCGAGGCGGUGAUAAGGCGCUUUACUUGAACAAGUAAUAGAUAGAAGCCGCGGCUCUCUUUGUCUGGUUACCAAGAAACCUAGAAUUUUCGUGGAAUCUCCACCUCAGAACGGGUCACCCAGGGAAUUAAGUUGAUGGGAGGUUGGAGUUCAAAAGAGGGAAGUUGGAGGCAAGCUUCAUCUCUCCGUUCGAAUUCUUCUCCACGGAGUGGAUAUCAAUUCCCGUACGAGAGUCAGAGCUAUUCGCCCCAACAAUCAUAUUCGUCGCAGCAAUACUAUCAUCCUUCACAAGAAUAUGGCUCACAAGACUAUGGUGGUGGUCAGGCCUCUGAUAAUAGAAGUAAUCUGGAGAGUAAGUUUUUGAGAAUCGCCGAUAAUUACAAUUCCUUGGAGCAGGUGACUGAAGCUCUUGCACGUGCUGGCCUUGAGUCUUCCAAUCUUAUUGUUGGUAUUGAUUUCACAAAGAGCAACGAGUGGACAGGUGCAAAGUCAUUUAACAGGCGGAGUUUGCAUCACAUAGGAGAUGGUCUAAACCCCUAUGAACAAGCAAUAUCCAUUAUUGGGAAAACCCUGGCUGUAUUUGAUGAGGACAACUUGAUUCCAUGUUUUGGAUUUGGAGAUGCAUCAACACACGAUAAAGAUGUCUUCAGUUUCUAUUCAGAUGAGAGAUUUUGUAAUGGCUUUGAGGAAGUGUUGAGUUGCUAUAAGGAAAUCGUCCCCCACUUACGACUUGCAGGACCAACUUCAUUUGCACCAAUAAUUGAGAUGGCUAUGACCAUCGUGGAGGAGAGUGGUGGCCAGUACCAUGUUUUAUUAAUAAUUGCAGAUGGACAGGUAACUAGAAGUGUUGAUACUGAGCAUGGCAAGCUAAGCCCGCAGGAGCAGAAUACUGUUGAUGCCAUUGUUAAAGCAAGCAAGUUCCCUCUGUCAAUUGUAUUAGUUGGAGUUGGAGAUGGACCUUGGGAUAUGAUGAAGAAAUUUGAUGACAAUAUCCCUUCUAGGGACUUUGACAAUUUUCAAUUUGUGAAUUUUACGGAAAUAAUGUCGAAGAAUGUGGCUCCACCCCGAAAGGAGGCAGAAUUUGCUGUUGCAGCCUUGAUGGAAAUUCCUUCCCAGUACAAGGCAACUAUAGAGCUUAACAUACUGGGUGGUAGGAAGGGCUUUUCUCCCCAAAGGGUUCCCCUCCCCCCGCCUCUCUAUGGUGCAGCAUCUUCCAGCAGCAAACCUUCUCAUCCUGGUAGGAAGGGCUUUUCUCCCCAAAGGGUUCCCCUCCCCCUGCCUCUCUAUGGUGCAGCAUCUUCCAGCAGCAAACCUUCUCAUCCUUCAAGUUUUGAACCCAGUGUCCCUCAUUAUCAUGCAGACAGCAGGCCUGUCAGCUCAGCUCCACCGGCUAGUAGUUCCGCCGAUGAUAACCAGCUUUGCCCCAUUUGCCUCAGUAAUUCCAAGGACAUGGCCUUUGGCUGUGGGCAUCAGACGUGUUGCGAAUGUGGAACAGACCUCCAGUCAUGCCCAAUAUGUAGGAGCCCAAUUCAGACCAGAAUAAAACUCUACUAGCAACAUUCUUUCUCAUUUGGAAUUUUCCAAUUCGCUUGAUUAAAAUUAUUUGUAGUUAGGUUCUUGUGAAUCUUGCAUGGAAGUCGAUUUCAUUAACCCCUGUAAUUACUUUACUCGGAUGGAUAUGCUGUUUGUAGGUGUGGUUUGGCCACAUCAUUUCUGUAUUUACUGCGCAUAUGAAACAGCAUGUUGGCAGAGAAAUCUUGUCAGUUAUUAUUAUAAAUGAUGUUUUCCUGGUGA